AUGGGAAACUCGUGCUCCCCUGGCUGCAUCUCUGCCACACCCGCCCACCGCCGCGGAGUUGACGACAUUCGCAGAUACUACAAGAUUGGUCGGGUCAUAGGAUGCGGUUCUUUUGGCCAAGUGCGAGAAUGCGUCGACAGAGAAACUGGACAGAUAUACGCAGUAAAGGUGAUGGAACGGCGGAUGAGCGGCAAAGAAAAGAUGACCCCAGGGCGACCGUCGAACGAGGCUAUGAUUCGUUCGGAAGUGGAAAUCCUCAAGUCGCUGCACCAUGAAAACAUUGUUUCUUUUGUAAAGUUUUUUGAAGAUAAACAUUGUUUUUACGCCGUUCUUGAAAAGUGUGACGGCGGUGAACUCUUUCAUCAGAUCGUUAGCCGCAGGCAAUUCACGGAAGAAGACGCCUCUGCCCUCUGCAGGCAAAUGGCGUCUGCUCUUGCUUACCUUCAUGGCCAAGGGGUUGUUCACCGCGAUGUGAAGGCGGAGAACUUUCUUUUUAAGAGCAAGGGAGCUGAUUCAAUCAUCAAGUUGAUCGACUUCGGGAUGUCUGCGAGGUUGCCAGAAUGCGGAUACCUAACGGAUCUGUGCGGAAGCCCACACUACAUUUCCCCCGAAUUAAUCAGCAAACGCUACAACCAAGGGGCUGACAUGUGGGCUUUCGGAGUGAUGAUAUACCUAAUGCUUUUUGGGAGAUAUCCCUUUGAGGGAAGCAAAGCGAGUGCCAUAGCGAGAGAGGUGCAAAGCAAGCAGCUUAACUGGUCUCGUGCGGCCUGCCCGUUCUUAACAGAUGCUGCUAUUGAUUUCUUGAGUCGCCUGUUGGACAGAAACGAGAAAACGCGGCUCACUGCAACUCAAGCCUUGGCACACCCAUGGAUUUCACAACCGUCGCCUGACAAGGCGAUGUCUGUUAUUGGCAAAGAUAAGCUGGAGCUUGCACGACGGCUUUCUGUUGACUGUGAGCAUCAAGGCAGUCAAACAUCGACAAGGAAAAAUUUCAAGAUUGACAAGCCGCCGAAGCAGCAUAAUCGUCAGCAGGCAUCCGACUCCGCUGAUCACAAUAGCCGAGAGCAGAAUGGGGAGUAUGACUCUGGAUAG